CUCAUAUCCAGAGUACAAUCACCAUUCUUGCAGCCUCAAAUUCACCGGUCCCUGGUCUGCCUCUCAUCUGCUGUCUUCGCAACUUCCACACCUCAAUGGUUAUUUUUUGACCGUUAAAGACGGAAAAACGAACCCUAAAAUCACUUAGUUGCACGUUUCCCCCAGUCAUGAGGAGUUUGUUCCUCUCUUUUUUCCCAUUUCAGUAGAAAUGGCUCUGUAGGAUCCGAUUACAGUCGUGAGGAGUCUGGCAUCUUGAUUGACCUUUUGGUAUAAAAUAAGGGCUGCUCAUAGUGCUGCAGAUCUGCUAGGAGAUGGAAGCAGAUGGAAGAUCACCAACUGAAAUCUGCAAGCCUCUCACUUCAAACUUUGGACGAAGGCACCGUACUUUAACUCCCCUAAGAGUCAUAAGGGGUGUAAUGUGUUUACUGGUGUUACUUUUAACAGCAUUUAUGAUGAUAGUAUACUUUGGUUUUAUGAUGGCUGUCACAUUACGAUUUUUCAGCAGACAUCACAGCAGGAUUGCAACAUCUUUUUUCUUUGGCGCUUGGCUAGCAUUGUGGCCUUUUCUCUAUGAAAAGAUAAACAAGACUAAAGUGGUUUUCUGUGGAGAAAGUGUUCCUGCAAAGGAGAGUGUGUUGCUUAUGGCAAACCACAGAACUGAAGUUGAUUGGAUGUACUUGUGGGACUUUGCAUUGCGGAAGGGACGCCUGCAAUAUAUAAAGUAUAUUCUUAAGAGCAGUUUGAUGAAGAUGCCUAUAUUUGGUUGGUCAUUUCAUAUUAUGGAAUUCAUCUCAGUGGAGAGGAACUGGGAGGUUGAUGAAGCAAAUAUGCGUCAGAUGCUUUCAACAUUUAAGGAUCCUCGAGAUCCCCUCUGGCUUGCUGUUUUUCCGGAGGGCACAGAUUUCACUGAACAGAAGUGCAUUCGGAGUCAAAAGUAUGCUUCUGAAAAUGGAUUACCAAUUUUAAAGAAUGUGCUGCUUCCAAGAACCAAGGGUUUUUGUGCCUGCUUGGAGGAAUUGAGGGGCUAUGUGGAUGCAGUUUAUGAUGUAACCAUUGCGUACAAGCAUCGUUUGCCGUCUUUCUUGGAUAAUGCCUUCGGGGUUGACCCUGCUGAAGUUCAUAUUCAUGUUCGACGCGUCCCUCUAAAUGACAUCCCGGAAUCUGAAGACAGAGUUGCUUCAUGGUUGGUGGAUGCAUUCCGUCGCAAGGAUCAGUUACUUUCUGAUUUUUAUUCACAAGGCCAUUUCCCCAAUGAAGGAACCGAGAAGGAACUGUCUACCACUAUGUGUCUGGUAAAUUUUAUGGUUGUAAUCAUCUUGACUGGCACGUGUACGUACUUGACCUUAUUCUCCUCCAUUUGGUUCAAAAUGUAUGUUUCGUUUGUAUGUGCUUAUAUGGCAUCUGCUACCUAUUUUAACAUUCGACCAUCCCCAUUGUUGGCUUUGUGAAAGCUGCAUUUUGAUGAAAUCUAUCCAUGUAUUUUGAACUCGCACUAUUGCAGGAGCUAAUCCCAUUACACUGUAGAAUUUACUUGCAAUCAAACUUGAUGUUUUAUUUGA